CCCCAGGCUACGCUCUAUAAGUACCGCUCUCAAUGGCGCGCAUUUGCCAUUUAGCCGGUUCAAGCGCUCAGAGAGAUGGAAGACGUAGGCGGUGGAGGAGAUAGAUCGAGUUUCGUCAUCGGAUUGAUCGAGAACAGAGCAAAAGAGGUUGGUGUGGCUGCUUUUGACUUGAGAUCCGCUUCACUGCAUCUUUCUCAAUACAUUGAAACAAGUUGUUCAUAUCAAAACACAAGAACCCUGCUGCAUUUCUACGAUCCUGUGGUCAUAAUUGUUCCCCCAAUCAAACUGGCACCAGAUAGUAUGGCAGGAGUCUCGGAACUGGUAGAUAAACAUUAUACAUCACACAAAAAGAUUACAAUGUCCCGUGGCUUCUUUGAUGAUACAAAGGGGGCCGUGCUGGUUAAAAAUUUGGCUGCUAAGGAGCCAUCUGCUCUUGGUCUGGAUACCUAUUAUAAGCAAUAUUACCUCUGCCUAGCUGCUGCUGCUGCUACAAUCAAAUGGACUGAAGCAGAGAAAGGCGUAAUUGUUACAAAUCACUCAUUGUCGGUUACCUUCAAUGGCUCAUUUGACCACAUGAAUAUUGAUGCAACCAGUGUCCAAAAUUUGGAAAUUAUUGACCCAUUGCAUUCUGAACUAUGUGGCACCGGCAACAAGAAGAGAAGUCUAUUCCAGAUGUUGAAGACAACGAAGACUGUUGGAGGGACUAGACUACUUCGUGCCAACUUAUUGCAACCUUUGAAAGACAUGGAAACUAUCAAUGCUCGUUUGGACUGUUUAGAUGAGUUAAUGAGCAAUGAGGAGCUAUUUUUUGGCCUGUCACAGGGCCUUCGUAAAUUUCCAAAAGAAACUGAUAAGGUACUGUGUCACUUCUGCUUUAAGCCCAAAAAAAUCACAGAGGAGGUUUUGAGGCCUGCCAAUGGUAGAAAAAGUCAAAUGUUGAUAUCAGACAUUAUUAUUCUCAAAACUGCUUUAGAUGCCUUACCUUUUCUCUCAAAGGUACUUAAGGAUGCAAAAAGUUUUCUUCUUUGCAACAUUUACAGGAGUGUUUGUGAAAAUGAAAAAUAUGCAGGCAUAAGAAAGAGAAUUGGUGAUGUGAUUGAUGAAGAUGUAGUGCAUGCAAGGGCUCCUUUUGUUGCCUGCACACAACAAUGUUUUGCUAUUAAGGCUGGAAUUGAUGGACUUCUGGAUGUUGCACGACGCUCUUUCUGUGAUACGAGUGAAGCUAUACAUACUCUUGCAAACAUGUACCGGGAGGAAUUUAAGCUGCCAAAUUUGAAGAUUCCCUAUAACAAUAGGCAAGGAUUUUACUUCAGUAUUCCACAAAAGGACAUAAAUGGAAAGCUUCCUGACAAAUUUAUUCAGGUCAUGAAACAUGGGAAGAACAUACACUGCUCAAGUUUUGAACUUGCAUCUCUAAAUGUGAGAAAUAAGUCAGCUGCUGCUGAAUGUUUUAUGCGGACGGAGCUUUGCUUGGAAGUUUUCUUUGCAGGGCUAGUUGAUGUCAUAAGGGAGGAUGUCCCCAUACUAAGACUGCUUGCAGAGGUCUUAUGCCUUCUAGACAUGAUUGUGAAUUCAUUUGCACAUACAAUAUCCAGUAAGCCAGUUGAUCGCUAUACAAGACCAGAGUUCACUGAUGAUGGUCCUAUGGCAAUUGAUGCUGGAAGGCACCCUAUUCUAGGAGGCUUACACAAUGAUUUUGUUCCUAACAAUCUUUUUCUUUCUGAAGCAUCUAAUAUGGUGAUUGUAAUGGGCCCAAACAUGAGUGGGAAAAGCACUUAUCUUCAACAAGUUUGUCUGAUAGUUAUUCUUGCACAAAUCGGUUGUUACAUUCCUGCUCGUUUUGCAUCUCUAAGGGUGGUUGAUCGCAUAUUUACACGGAUGGGGACUGGCGACAACAUUGAACACAACUCAAGCACCUUUAUGACCGAAAUGAAAGAGACAGCUUUCCUCAUGCAAAACGUUUCUCCCAAGAGCCUGAUAGUUAUGGAUGAACUUGGAAGGGCUACUUCAUCCUCUGAUGGAUUUGCAAUUGCAUGGAGCUGUUGUGAACAUUUGUUGUCUCUGAAGGCCUACACUAUAUUUGCUACACAUAUGGAAGACCUGUCUGAACUGGCAACCAUUUAUCCAAAUGUGAAGAUUCUCCAUUUUGAAGUUGACUUGAGGAAUGACCGCCUAGAUUUCAAGUUUUGUCUCAAAGAUGGGCCACGACAUGUGUCGCACUAUGGUCUUUUAUUGGCUGGAGUUGCAGGUCUACCAAGCUCUGUGAUUGAGGCGGCAAGGAAUAUCACUGCAAGGAUCACAGAAGAGGAAGUGAAGAGGAUGGACAUCAACUGUGAGGAACACCAUUCCAUUCAAAUGGUAUACAGGUUUGCACAAAAACUAAUUUGCUUGAAGUAUUCAAACCAAGGAGAGGAUUAUAUUCGGCAAGCUCUACAGAAUCUCAAGGAGAGCAACAAAGAUGGCAGGUUAAUAUGUUGAUUAAAAGUAAUGAGUUGCUGUAUGUGCAUCAGUCAACUUUGUUACAGGUUAUAUAGAUAAAUCCUCAAUUUUCAGCAUUACAAACCUUGUGAUAAUCUAAUGAUUAGACUUUUUCCCUUUCCUCAUUUAUCAGUAAACUGGACUAAAUAGCUAGUGAUCAUCUUCUAGAAAGACUUCACAGACA